AUGCGACUGGAUACGCGAUCGAAAUCGUCCACGCGCCGUCGCACGACGAAAUCGUCGUCCGCGCGCCAUCGCAUGGCGAAAUCGUCGUCCGCGCGUCGUCGCAUGGUGAAAUCGUCGUCCGCGCGUCGUCGCAUGGCGAAAUGGUCUCAGCAGCUGCGGCCGCAGCAGCAGCUCUCUCGGUGCUUUUUCAACCGCCAGCUAAGUGCGUUCUCCUCCCUCCACUCUGUUGCUUUCAUGUCCAGGUCGCUCACGCGGGAGUGGCAGUGGCGGGGGACAUGGAGUGCACAGGCAGCACCUGCUCUCCACCCAACCCACCAGCAGCUAAGUUCCUGCCCUGCCUCUCUACUCCCAUUCUCUCUUGUGUUCUUUGCUGCAUCUCCUGUUUCUUCUCGCUUCAAACGCAAGCCUCUGUGGCCCCUUCCCCUCUGCUUCUUCUGUUCGCGCAUCUCCUCCUUCACCCCCCCUCGCCUCUCCUCCAGUCACUCACUAUUUCUCUGUGGGCCAUUGCAGGUGGAGGGGAGGAGCGUGGGGGUCAACACCGACGCUCCCUCAUGCCCCUCCCCUGUGGCCGUGCAGGUGGCAGUGGUGGGAGGGGAGGGGGGCAGCACUCCACUCGGCUGGGAUGGGAUGGGAGAGUAUCGGGAUGGGUUGUCUGAACCGAGCCUGAGAGUGGGAGCACUGGAGCAAGGACAGGAGAGUCAAGUCCACCCUCUUACUCACCUCCUUCUCUCUCCCUUUUCCCUUCCCUCCCAGCAGCACCCUGCCUGGACCACAGUGGACUCCCCUCCUUCCGUUCAUCCCCCCCUCCCUUCCCGACCCCCUUCCCAGCAGCCCAAGGCAUCAUGGCGCUCUGCAUGGCUCUGGUAG